AUGUAAUCAUUAAAAAAAAACUUGCCUCAAGUACUUGAAACAGGAAGUAAAAACUUAGAAGCAUUUUGUAUGAAAUCCUUUUAAAGCAGGAAAUAAAAUUAAUAUUAUUAACAUGUGUUUUUCCACGAUCUUAAGGAAAAUGAUACCAUAAUUUGAUGAUAUAGAUACUGAUUGUUUUCACAAGAAGACAAGGGUGCUUUUGUAAACUUUUGAAAAGGGUUAACUUAAAUAAAUGCUUCCUGCUAGUAAAAAGAAUUUGAUAGAAUAUCAUAUUUGUUGGUAAUCAUGUUGCGAUACUCUCUCGUAUGGACCAGUAAACGUAUCUACAUAAUGCAUGCAUACAAGUUAAAUUCAAAGGUUUGAAAGAAACUCUAUGAGUAAAGAAAACAUUUGACGGAAUGAAUCCAUAAAUGGGAGUCAUUCAACGUAACAGUCUCGCAGGUAUUUUCCCCAAGUAAGUGAUUAGAAAUCGUUUUGAUGUACAGCCAUGGCCAAUGUGUGUAUCCAGAUGUGCGAGUCCAUGUACCAGCUGCCAUCCCGGAUCUGCUGCUUUCUGUUGGUCCUGAUCCAGGGCGGGAUACUGGAUUACUACCUGAUCACUCACAAGAACCUGUAUUGGUAUGGAUGGAUAGGAGCCGACGUGGCCAUUGGGUUUGUCCUGUUCGUGGCUUUCAUGAUUUCCUACAGGCAUCUUAGAUACAUCAGGAAGUCCAGCACCAGUAACAGACCAAUCCAGGCAGGAAGCCUCCCUCUGGCUUAUUUCGCUUGGUUUAUUUACUCUCUAGCCCUGGCAGGGAGGGUCGGAAUCAUCUUCAAUGAUUUCGCAUGGGAGCUAAAGGAAGAGGAUGUGUUCGGUCCAAACACCUUAAAGAUCACCAUUUGCUUAGCUGCCAUCAUAUUUCUUCUGUUGCUGAUGAGUCACCACGAUGCCGAAUUAAACUCAGAGCGUCGUCACUACAUCGAAGAAAUGACAGCCACGGUUGUGUUUGAUAUUCUAGACUCUGUGGAUGCUCUUGACAUCAUGUUUGAAAAAGAAGACAUUGAUGACUUACCGAAUGGAAUGGGAAUGUGCAUCAUCACGAUUUCCUGUUUAAACCUGAUUCUUCCGGUUCUUCCCUUGUGCACACUUAGUCGCACUCACUUUGGACACCACAUUCAACAGGAAUCCAUCAUCUUGCUGCACAAGCUGUCCCUGGUCUUCAUUGUGAAUCUCCCUUUGCUUGUUUUCAGGCUUGUGCUUUGGCACGCCUUGAGUAAGGAAAUCUCCAUUUUCCCUGUGAAGAAUGUAAUCGUGAUAUUCCUUGUGUUUCAAGAUCUCUACGAGAGACAGAAAUUACGAGCAAGAGAUGAGACUGAUUCUACGGCAUCUCAUCAUGAGAUGAAACAGUUUCCGAUCGAAUCCUAAUACAGAUGUACUGUAGGACAUAGAAACUUGUUGGUUGCUUUGGUUAAUUGCUUUGCUUUUGAGCUUUUGAAAUGAUACAUUUAAUAAUGUAAAAUUUUCUGCCGAUGUGAUUAACAUGAUUGUGCAUGUAUUUAAAUAUUAGUUAUGAAGUUGGACAGUUUACUGUACACAAUUUUGCAAUGUUCGUGUAACUUAAUUUUUAUUUGGUUGUUGUUCCCAAAUUUAAUUUUAGAUAUUUAGGAAAAGUGUUUGUUGUGAAAUUUUAUUAUGAGUUCAGCUGUUAUAAUGUGUUAUAUAUACAUGAUAUACAUGUAUAUUUUUUCCUGAUAAGAAAUCCUUACUGGUCUUCAUAUAUGUUUGUGUGUUGGGUUCCAACCAAUAAUUAUAUAUUAAACACACACACACAAAACCAACAAAGUAACUUAAAUUAGAAUUAAAUGUGUUGCUAAAGAGAGUUUUUUGAUAAUAUCAUACAGUUAUAAUUCAAUCAGCAUCUGUUGUGUUGUUAAAUUGGAAUUUAAUUAAUCUUUUUUUUAAAUUUUCCUUAAUUGCUUUUACUAAAAUGUUAUGAUGCUUGCCAGUCAUCGAGAUCUGUUUGUAUUUCCUGAAUUAUCUUUCAUGAAAUCCCAAGUUAAGUAUUUUUACAUCCUGUCAAGUUUCCAGCACUGUAUGUAAUAGAACGCAGCUUAAUUAGAUUUAACAUGUUAAAUAUUUAGAAUUUUAUUUUGUCGUUUAUGCCAAUGUAACAGGCAAUGAGAUUAACACUGCACUGAUCAAACAGUUUUAUCAUCUGAUAACUUGAUAUUUACAUGCAUUAUAUAAGUGUUUUGUCAUAGUAUAUGUGUUAAAUCACAACUUCAUAGUAAUUCUAUAUUUCUAUUUUUUUUAACUGAUUUUUUAAAAUAAUUUACGGUACUGCAAAUGUGGUUAUUUAUCUGGUGGUUAAGUACCGGUUUUCUAUAGUCAAACAAUAUGCAUUGGUAUAAAUAUGCAGAUGUGUGAUUUACCUUAAUAAAGUUUUGAUUUUUUUACCAUACGUGCAGGGGUAUUUAAUGCCCUUUUAAGUUUACUGUGUAACUAUAAGAGUAAAUUUCCCCCACGGGUAUAUUACAACUUUUACAGUAGUGUUUUGGAAAAGUUUUAGAUGAAAUGAUAGAUCUAUCAAACUACAAAAAUAGAUAUUUGAGAAUUUAGUUUUUAAUGGUUUUAUGAGACUAACAAGUUAACAACAUACAAAAAGUAGACCUUAUAAAUGCAUGUAUAUUCAGAUAUCGGUGCCUUUUGUUUAAAACACGUCUUAUGGGAAAAACUUAUGCUUAAUACAGAUAUCAUGUAAAUGCUUAUUUGUAUGCUCAUAGACUAUAAUAUUAUUAAUUUAGCAACUAUCUGCGAUUAUUUCUGAUGCUGUCAUCUAGUCAACUCUGCAUUUAAUCAGUAUAUAUGUAUAAUGCUGAUGCUUUUAUUAAUUUAUUUUGAAAUUAAUAUGCCUAGCUACAUUGUAAAUUUAAAUUUUACAAUAAUAGUAACGGUAGUUAAUCAUUUUAUCAUAAUUAUUACAACCUUCCAAAUAUUCCCUCUCUCUCUCUCUCUCUCUCUCUCUCAUCUUAAAAAGAUCAAUUUUUAAAACUAUACACAGAACUGACAAACAUAAAGCAAGAUUUUAAGCUUGCAUUUCUUUGUCUGGUGUAAACAUUUGUCUUUUGUUAUGAAGAAGAGAGGGCAUAUUGCUGUCUGUCAGUCUGUCCAUCAUCAGUUUCUGUUAAUUUUCUUAGCAGAGAUGCACCUACUAAAAUGAAAUUUGGUACAUACAGAUUAAAAUAAAUAUAAUGUAGGUCAAGUUUAAUUUUGAGGUAGAUGGGGCAAUUUUUGACAGAGUUAUGCCCCUUCUACUUUGAAAAAAUUCCAAUUAAUUGCAGUUUCUGUUCAUUUUCUUCGCAGAGCAAGUUCAAUUUUGGGUUUGUUCGAGCAAUAUUUGAUAGAGUAAUGCCUCUUGGACUUCAAAAAAUUCCAAUUACAUGUAGUUGCAGAGGUCUUCAAGGGAGGGAGGCAUAAGUGUUUCACAAAGUGUUUUACAAAGUGUUUCACAAAUAUCUCUUUCUACAUGAAAAUCUUGCAACUAGUACAUUGCAUAUACACUGCUUAUUUGUCAAUAUUGCUUGUCUUGUUUUCUGUAGACAAUAUGUGUAUGAAUCAUAGAAAUGUUUUUAUUUUGGGAGUUUUUGAUUUUGCUUCAUUUUAAUACUUAGUGAUCAUUCCACUAUUGAUUUUAAUUCCAAGUUGUGUGCAAUAGAUGUUGUGUUACUUCGUUUCUUCCAAGAGAUUUUUUUUUAGUAUUUGAAGUGCAUGUACCUGUAUAUGAUAGUUUAUAGUUUUUAUUUUUAGACCUUUAUAUACUUUUUGUUUUCUUUUAUCUACUUCUUUAAGAUCAUUUUGCUUUUAAAUUAACUCGGUGUACUGUUUUAAUGCCAGUAUAUCAAAGAGAAUGAGUUCUUUUCUUGUAACUUUCUGCAAAUGUUCAUGUAAUUUAUACGUCUUUACUCAUUUCAAAACUUUUGUUUAUAAAUGAAAAAUAUACAAACUAGACUUUGCUCACAUCAAAUGCUGUUGUUUCUGACUUGUAUUUCUCUCUGUUUGACUCUCAAAUUGUGUUCAUAGAGUUUUCAAAUAGCCAUCAUUGAAGCACUCCAAUGCAAAACAUUCUUUAUUUGUUCCUCUUAUGUGUGAUUCAUUUAAUUCUUGUUUGUGCAUGAUUCCGAUUGUUGUUAUUUGUAUAACUGAAGAUUCCUUCUUUUACGUGAGUGCUAGCUUAUUUCUGCAAUUUAACUGUUUUGCAUCAAAUCAAGGAAAUAUAAAAUUGCAAGCACCAAAUUUUUAUUAUAAUUUCUUUUAGUUUACAUCUUUAAAAAAAAAAUAUAAGCAAGAUUUUAAAAUCUGUGAGAAGUGCUUCUCAUGAUUUUUCGCUGAUAUUAAUACCUCACGUAUAAUUAGGAAUCUACAGUAUUUAUUUUUUAUUUGACAUAUUGUUGGAAUGAAUCUCAGCAUCUGAGUAACUAUGACUUUACUCAGUGAUUUUGGAUUUUAACUGAAAAUGGUUUGUUCAUUUAGGCAGGUAUUUUCCUUUUUGAAGUUUUUAUAAAGAUUAAUUUUUUCAAGAUUGUGAUUUGCCUUCAAAUUACAUGUACAUGAUGUUAAGAACUUAAGCAUCAGUUUAGCAAAUCAUUCCUUAUUGAGACAUAGAGAUAAUUUUCACAUAGAUAAGUUAUUAAUAAAUUUAAAGAGUAUUUUCAACUAAUAGGAAAUAUUGAUUGUUUUGGUUUUUUUUUCUAUAAUGACUGUUUAGAUAUCUGAAAAUUAACGAUAUAUCCAAGCGUAUGUAAAAGGACUUGUCUCCAGAUUCAUAAAUGAAUUGACUCAAUGAUUGAACAAAAUUACCAUGUAUCUUUGUGGAUGUGCAAUGAGUUUUUCUGUCUUAAUUCCAGUGUAUUAAUGAAUCUCUUAUUAUUACUGUACAUGCUUGAUGUGUCGAUAAUUAUACUCAGUCUCAGAAAACUAAUUAAACAAUAUUUAUUGAUAAUUAUUAUUAAGCAUAAAUAUAUAUUGGGAUAAAAUUACUUUGUAUUUCAAAUUCAGAUUUUUGCAAUUAAAAUUACAUUUGAGAUUUCAAUAUCAAUUUUGAUAUACAUGUACAAUGUAGAGAAUGAUUAUCUACAAAAUUAAACAAUACAUGUCGAUCAAGUUUCUUGACUGCUGCCUUUUUUCAAUUGUUUUCCCAGUUUGUCUUGUCUUUUUUUUUGAGAUGUCAAUGUGUGGCCAAUAAAUAACAAUAGAAAUACUUUU